AUGGAGGCGAGGGCUCACGGGAGGCGUGAAGGUGGCCGCGCUGGGAUUGAAAUUGAGGUCCACGGGAGUGAGUUUUGGGGUGUUGGUCAGAGCGACGGCUCAUGGAGGCGUGGGGAGAGGGAGGAAAGGCGGCCUGCAGAGGUGAUCGGUGCCAAGGUAGAUAGCGAGCUGCUGGGCGAGGCUACGGUGGUGAUAGGGGGUAAGGGUAGAGAUGAUGGAGAUGGCAGGGUGGAGGUGGUGGCUUAUGUUUACGCAGUGUCUGUGAUGGCUAUUUUGGGAAAAAAAUGUGGCUUGGUGGCGGUGCUGGUAAGGAGAAAUGGCAGGUGA